UAUACCAUGCUGGUCUUCCACAAACUCUUAUAUCUAUCUAUUGAGAGCGACAAGGAAAACGGUUGGCAGGGAUUGCCUCGUCUGCUUUUGAAGUCUCCAAAUCUACAAACUCUAGUUAUAAAGGGUCUUGUGCACAAAGUUACUUAUAGAUGUGGAAACGCAUGCGUUUGCACUAGCAAGCCUAAGAAAAAGGAAUUAUAUAAGCGUUAUGAAGAUGUAAGUCCUCUUUAUGAGGUGAAGGGAAUGUGUUGUUUAUCGACAUGUCGAGUCAAAGUGCUAGAGAUCUCAGGCUAUGGAGGAAGUACUGGAGAGGUGAAACAAAUGAGGCAUUUCUUGGGAAAAUUGAAAUAUCUUGAAACUGUGAAAAUUGGUGUUGAAGAAGACAAUAACAACAAUGGUGAGAACUUGCGUGCCAAUAUCAUGACUCUUGAUAGAGUUUCAUCAAAGUGCAAUAUCCAAUUCAUCUAAAUUCUCUCUUGCUCUGUCUGAAAUCUCUCUCCCGUUGUUGUUUUUGUAGCUUAGACUUGUGAAGGAGACUUAAAAACAUGGGUUGUUGUUAAUUAUAAAUAUUGUUGCAUAAUAUUUUGUUUUGGUAUUUCUAAGUUGUCAAACUAA